CACUAUCAAUGUCUCAUCCUUGAGACCUUUGCUUUUAGCACUUUCCUUCGUAACGACUAAUCCCAUCAUUUAUAAUAAGCUAAUAAGCCGUCUACAUGUAUUUUGACGCGCUAAAGUUCGUUCACGUUUGAAAAAUUCAAUUCAUCUCAGCCAUCUUUACAUCCUCCCUCUACCAGUCACAUCAGUUCAUUCCUUUUCAAACCAUGCCACCAAGAAAUAAUGCCUCUAAUGUGGCCAGCUACGCCGAUAAUGAUCAAUAUGAUAGCCUGACUAAUCCUAAGACCACCAUCACUCUCAGAGCUAAGAAAAGAAAGAAUUUAGAGAAAAACGACAGUGAUGACGAUUCAGAUUUCGACCAUACCCAUCGACAGCACAGAUUACCUCAAUAUUCUCGUCCAUCGAAAUUGAAAAACGAACAGUCUCAGCAAAAACAGCGUACCUCACCGCCGCUCGCGUUAAAUAAGAACAAUGAGUCUGCUAAAGGCCAAGAAACAUGGAGGGCAGAAUCAUCAAAAUCGAAGCGGACGAAACGAUUUACAGAGGAGGAUCGAGGAUUCGUGUUUACUAGGAAGAAGCCAAUCACAACAACUACGGUUGAGAGUACACCCUUAACAGCAACUCUACGGCCACCAUUAUCAUCAAGAAACAAACAGGAUGUAGAUAAUUCCCACGACGUUGAUAAUCCGCUUUUAGCAACGCCAAACCCACCAAUGACGCCAGAAGGGACACCUUCGCGGGACAGAAUAUAUGAUGUUCAAGCAGUACGAGUCAAAAAGACGUCAAAACCCACAACAACGAGGCAAUACCAGCACCAGUCGCGGCGGCAGCAGCAAGGCUACCAACAAAAUCCACAAACUCCACAGAGGAAUCACGAAUCGAUUGUGGCCAUCCCAAUGCGAGAAACCCCCAUGAUUAAGCGGAAUAAAGACAUGAGGAAUGAUGCAAGUCGGCGAUCGAGCUUUACUUUAAGAGGAAAGAGGGCUUCAUCAAUUGGAAAUGGUUUUAGUGCGUUGCCCCAUCCAUCUAUUGAUCCAAAAAAUUUCUUCCGUCAUAUUGCACCGGACGAUCCACAGCCAAUACGGAUGAAGCAACUUAUGACAUGGUGCGCACGCAAAACUAUUGAUUUACAAAAGACCCAUCAUCAAUCCGCACUCAAGGUCGCGAAAGGAGUUGAAGAAGAUGUAUUGGAGAUGUUGAUUGCGGGACAAAUCAGUGUAUCAUGGUAUAAUCGACCUGCGGAUGCAGCACCGAUUCAAACGGUACCUAAAAAGCCCCACCAACAAAACGUUGAUAAUCUCCGGAAACUGCAGGAAUGUGAGGCACAAAUUGCAAAACUUCAGCAAGAGGACGAGGAGUGGACACAACUCAUUAGCUCCUUCAACACAUUUCAUGCAUCGUUGCUGGAUAAUGGUCCCACAUUACCACCAGAUAAUCAGCCUAUUGUUGCUGGUGAUAGAUUCGCGAAUGAGAUUGACAUAGGGAUGUUAACCGCAGACGAGCGGAGCUUGUGGGAGAAGUAUUGCAAGGAUAAGGACUCAAUGUCAAUGCCAGAAUCAGCAUCUGGGGGAGUACAAGACACUGCAGUAGAAAAUAUUCAAAAAUCUACCAACGAGAAUAACAAAUGGAUGAUAGAGAUAAUGGGCUCAGUUGAAAAAGAGGUGGAUACCCUUCAGGAUACCUUAUAUACAGCCUCACAAUUCGAUAAGGUUGCAAAAAAAUACGCCGAUCAGGUUUUAGAACAGAUCGCAAUGGCUUUGGAUGAGCGGCAACGGCCGACGGAAACUUUAGCAUUGUUGCCAGCAUUAACGUCGAGGCCACUAAUGUUGGAUCUUUUUUCUGGAAAAAAAGCGGCAUCAACAUUGUCAGAAGCACUAGGCGCUAACUCUUCCUCUGUGACGACCUCAUUACUGAAGACGCAGAGUAUAGGUGGUGAUAGUCCAGACGAUCCCCGGCAAAUUUUGCGUGCACUUUCACGGCUUAGUCUAUGAAGCAGUGGC